UUCCUUCAAGCAUGCGCAACUAAUUUUGAUCUUUUCGUCCUCUGUGUUGGGAAGAGUGUGGACUUCAGAGUGAAGUUGCUUCACCUUUACCACUAUUUAUUCUCAUAUUUAAUUUUUAUCUAAAUAUUUAAGGUACAGCUUUGGCAAUGGGAGCUGAAGAAAUUCCACCCGGUGAUCCUGAAAAAGGCAAGAAGCUAUUUGUACAAAAGUGUGCACAGUGUCAUACAGUUGAAAAGGGCGGCAAACAUAAAGUAGGACCCAACUUGAAUGGCCUGAUUGGCCGUAAAACUGGUCAAGCUCCCGGCUUUGCAUACACAGAUGCAAAUAAAAGCAAAGGUAUUACAUGGAAUAAAGACACGCUAUUUAUCUAUUUGGAAAAUCCAAAGAAAUACAUUCCAGGAACGAAGAUGGUGUUUGCUGGCCUAAAGAAGAAAACCGAAAGAGCAGACAUUAUAGCAUAUUUAGAGCAGGCGACAAAGUGAUAAAGGGAAUUUUAGCAUCUCAAUUCAUGUACAACAAACCAUUUAAUUUAUAUUAAAGCAUGUGGGCCUGAAACUUUGGUUGUGUAUAGUUUGUUUAGAACAUUCAAUUAAAGUAUAUCUCUGCACAAUAGAAUGCCUGGAAUCACCCAUACUCCUGUUGUUUGUCCUGUAUUACUGCUUGUUAGAUGGCAAAUAAAUAUGAGUAUGGAUUA